GCGUGCAGUUCCCGACCUCACGCUCCACAGCUCUACUCCCCAAACGUCGUCACCCGAAUUCGAGCCAAUUGAUACCGCAAUCAUGCGAAGGACAUUUCGCCUGCUCGCGGGCGUCAAGCCUGCUAGGUAUCUCGAACCCGGCACACCGACGGGCCUAACGGGCCUUUGGACGCACAACAGUCCCCGGUCGACCUUGCUGUACCUGUACAGCACCACCCUCGAGAAGCUCAAGACAUUCCCCGAGUCCUCUCUGUACCGUCAGUCUGUCGAAGCCAUCACAAAGCACCGCCUCAAUCUCGUCGAAGCGACGGAACCCCCAGGUUUCGCUGAGUGGGAGAAGAAGGCCGCGCAGAUCUUCAAGGAGAAGCCCGAACAGUUCCACCUCGUUAGCGGCCGUGUUGACGGCAGCGGCUCCCGGACGGUGAAGCUCGGCAACCGAACAUUCAUUAUUGGCACUCACCACGACGCUAAGGACAUUCGCGUUGAGGAAUGGGACGGCGAGAAGGACGAGGGCGGUACCCUCGAGGGUCUCCGUACCGAGACUGAGCGGAAGGAUCACCAGCUUCUUGCCAGCCAUAAGGAUCUGAACGACAUCGCCAAGGUUGAGUUGGAGCCCGAGCCGCAGUUGACGGCCGACCAGAUCUCCGAGCUGGAGAACAAGAUUGGAGCUGGCCUCAUUGAGGAGGUCAUUCAAGUCGCCGAGGGCGAACUUAAGCUUGUCGACGUGAUGAAGCAGGCCAAGGUGUGGGAGGACCUGGAGGAGAAGCCCGUCGAGGGCCAGUGGACCUACUUUGAGCGCAACUCCGCAUAGGCCGGACCGCCUGCAGCAGAAAAUCGUCUACGCGUAAUAGACAAUGUAUAUUAGGCGACUGUGAUGACCAAGAUACAUCAAGCCGUUACUUCUUCGCAUUAGUCACUGAAUGUGUGCACAUGUAACCCUUUGCAGCUUAUAGGGAUUUAUGCUUAUCAAGA